AUGGUGUCUAGACAAAUACUGGCUAUAGGCAUAUUCCUUGUUUAUGUUAACGGACACCCAUUCAAGAAGCACUACGAUUCCGAUCCAGAAUCACGUAUCAUAGGAGGCGUGGACGCACCUGAAGCUUACGCCCCGCACAUGGCCGCUCUUGUCUGGGGACAAUCAAUCAAGAGUCUAUUAUGCGGGGGCUCCAUUGUCACCAGCAUGCAUAUACUGACGGCUGCGCAUUGUAUCGAUCCGAUGAUUGUGGAAGGAGUGCUGAUACCUUCAUUCUAUGCUGUCGUCGGAUCGAACCAGUGGGCCUCUGAUAAAACUAUAACUAGGUUCAAGCACUACAUCAAUCAUCCUAAUUGGGAUUGGGUCACAAUUAAAAACGACAUCGGGGUGCUGUGCUUAACUGAAGAGUUGGAGCUGAAUGAUAGAAUGUCGACUAUACCACUGAGCUUCGACUAUGUGGAUGGAGGUCUUAACAGUUUCGUCACUGGUUGGGGAAGGGUAGGAAUCCGAAUUGAAGAUAACGUUGUGAAUUUGUUUCCAAUACCUGACGACUUGCAACUGUUGUACGUGGAAACUAUAUCUUCUGAAGCUUGCGCUGACGGCUUACGGGAGGCGUUCGAAAAAUAUGGUUACAAAGCGAUACCGCCGCUGGUGUCGGAAAUAGAGUUGUGCACUUUCCACUCUAUUGGACAUGGCAUGUGUAAUGGUGAUUCUGGAAAUGCUUUGGUUUCAAAGGAAUCGGGUUAUCAAAUCGGUGUAGUGUCGUGGGGCCUGGCGUGCGCUGUUGGAGCUCCGGAUGUUUUCGCCAGAGUCAGUGCUUAUAAGGACUUCUUGCUGUCUAUUCUAAAGAAUUAUUUAUAA